GAAGGCAAACUAAAAUGGAAGACUAGUGAGAGUUGAAAAUCAGAAUGCAUCAUUUUAAACUCUUUUUAUAAAAUACGGGAAAGAUGUUCUCCAGGCCUCAUUUGCUGAUUGAGAGAGAUCUUCAGAAGAUACAAAAGGAUGACCUAUGGGGUAUUGAAGCUUAUCCACUGACAGAUGAAAACAUAUUUGAGUGCACUGCUAAAGUUAAAGGUCUGAAGGGAACAGCAUGGGAAGGUGGAAUAUUCAGAUUGUACAUUCGAUUUGAUGAGCACUAUAAUGUGAGACCACCAGAGGUGUGCUUUCACACUAUACCCUUCCAUCCUAAUGUUGAUGUGAUUACUGGCAGACCUUGCAUAGAUUUCCUGGAUGACUAUACAUUAUGGAAGGACACCUACACCAUAGGUUACAUACUCAUGAAUAUUCAGUUAUUGCUGUGCAAUCCAGUCAUAGAAAAUGCAGUCAAUUUGGAUGCUGCUGAUAUGCUCAUAACCUCCCCACACUCCUACAGACAGAUGGUGCAGGACUGUGUGGCUGCUAGCCAGAGAGUGGAUGCUGGUCUUAGUCCACACUUGGAUCAGGACACCAGAGUGAGGUUUGGUCCAACAGAGGUCACUGACACCAAUCCACAGACGGGCAGCCAGUCUAUUUCCCUACGGAAAGCAGCAAGGAUAUCAUUUGAUGAUUAUCUUACAACAUGGACUGGAAUAGCAACUUCAAAGAACAAUUUUGAAGAAAAAAAUCCAUUAUUGGAAGCUCUCCAAGAAAACCCAAAACUUCAAAACAUUCAUUAUGGUCUGACACUUCAAGAACUGGAAGAACAGAUGAAAAGACAGCUUGACGAACACAGUAUGCUCACUUAUGGGAAGUUUAAGAAAAAACAAAGUGAAGAAGAGGAAAAAGCAAAGAAAUUAGCGCAAUUAAAUAAAAUAAGAAAAAUUUACCUUCCAAGAAGGACUCCACCUCCUGGUUCUACUAGUCCCAGUUUUCCCAGAAGUGCAACAGGACGAGUAAGUCAAGUAUCAACAAAUCACCAUGGGCAGUUUUCCCCAAAGAGCCCUAGACAUUUAGACCCUCCCAUGGCAGUGACUGGGGAGAACCCCAUAGGAGAGGCUUGGGAGCAUGAGGUAGACGACUUAGUGGCAUGGACUAUGAAGUUGGAUGAAGAAGCUCUGUGAUAAUAAUUGAAAAAAUGUAGAUAGAUGGACCCCCCCAUAAGACAGCCAUGGCCCAUACAGUCACUAUUUGCUGUGCUUAUAUAUCUUCCACCAGGCAUAAGUGAAUCAGACCCCAUUCCCAUUGACAUGCCAUCGGUGUCACCAGGAGGAUUGUUAAUCUGUGUAGCUAAUUGCUCUCAUCAAGAAUCCCUGCAGAGUUAGGUCAAUCCAUGUCAACCAGUGAGUCUAUGUGAAUGGGUCCCAACUCUGUAGUUAUUCAUUUUCAAGAAAAGUGAGUAGUACUACAUGCAUGUGACUAGGAUACUAGGUUAUGCAGGAUAUGAAAUAAUUGGGUUUGCUGUUUUAUACCCAACUGAAGACUGUGGGAAAAUAUACUUUGCAUCAAAAUGCAAUAAGUCAGAAAAUACUGCAUCAGUAAUGUUAAGACAAUGCUACUUGUUGACUAAGACCCCAUUCCCAUAGAUAUUUAGAUCGAUCUAUCCUCCUGAGGAGUCUCACUAGAUUGGUGUCAGCUUAACCCCCAGGGAGUUAGGUCGAUCCAAAUGGAUCGAUCUAAAUCUCUGGGAAUGCACUCUAAGCUCCUGCUGAAAUUCUACAUGGGGACGUCUGUCAUGUUCAGAUUUUACUGUGAUAUUUUUUAAGAUACUUUUUACUGAGAAACACAUGAUUUGAUUCUAAUAAAAUGCAGAGAA